CCCGCCAGCCCCGGCCAGGUGGCCAACGCCAUGGCACUGCUGCGAGGCCGCGCGGGGAAGACGGUGGACCUGGGGUCCGGGGACGGACGGAUCGUGGUUGAGGCUUACAAGCAAGGUCUGAGACCUGCCCUAGGCUAUGAGCUCAAUCCCUGGCUGCUGUGUCUCUCCAACUACCGUGCCUGGAAGGCUGGGUACCACGGGAAGGUCUCCUUCCUGAAGAAAGAUCUGUGGAAGGUGGAUCUUUCUGACUGCUACAAUGUGAUUGUGUUCCUAGCCCCCAGCGUGAAACCUCCCUUGGCCACCAAGCUCCUCGCGGAACUCCCCGACGAUGCCCGAGUGGUGUCUGGACGCUUCCCCUUCCCCUCCUGGCCCCCCAGCAGCUCCCUGGGGCAGGGGCUGGAGCAGGUCUGGGCCUAUGACAUAAAGGAGGUUCGUCGAGCAGCACGGAGCAGUGCCCAGGGAAGCCUGGGCUGGCAGCAGCCUCGUUAG